AUGACACCCAUAAUAACCCUCGAAGAGCACUACGUCUCCUCCGCCGUCCGCAACGCCUCCGACACAGACCACUACGCCCAGUUCCCCCCUCCAAUCGUCUCCAAACUCAACACAUUAGCUGCUGAGCGGCUCCAAGAUCUCGAUAAUGGUCAUGUCUCUCUACAAGUAAUCUCCCACGGGCCCGGCGCCCAACCACCACAACUCUGCAAAGCAGCAAAUGACGAACUCGCCUCCGCCGUUGCAGCGAAUCCAACUCGAUUCGCUGCUUUCGCUCUUUUACCGAUGGCUGAGCCAGGCCUUGCGGUAGAGGAGCUGGAGCGCUGUGUCAUUGAGCACAGGUUCGUGGGUGCUUUGGUUGAUAAUCACACAAACGGACAGUUCUACGACGACAGGAAAUUCUGGCCCGUGUUUGAGAAGGCGCAGGAUUUGGAUGUGCCGAUUUACAUUCACCCUUCAUACCCAGACGAGAAGACCGGGGUCGCUGCUCAUUAUCGGGGUAAUUACGAUGAUCGCAUUGGCGAUGCUCUGGGCGCGUAUGGUUGGGGCUGGCAUUCUGAUACCGCCCUCUCAAUACUGAAAUUGUAUGCAGCUGGCUUGUUUGAUGCAUUACCCAAUGUCAAAAUCAUCAUUGGCCAUAUGGGUGAAAUGCUUCCCUUUCAACUCGAGCGCGUCAUUGCGAUUGCGUCGAGGUUUGGCAGACAGCGAGGUCUUCGAGACGUGUGGACGCAAAACAUCUGGGUGACGACGAGUGGCAUGUUUGCGUUGGCGCCGUUGGCGUGUUUGUUGCAGACGAUGCCGAUUGAGAGAGUGUUGUAUAGUGUUGAUUAUCCGUUUUCGGCGAAUGAGAAGGGCUACGCUUUUCUGGAGGAGAUUAAGAAGAGUGGAUUGAUCAAGGAAGGGGAGGAGUGGGAGAAGUUUUUGUAUAAGAAUGCGCAGGAGCUGUUGAAGGUGAAGGUUUGA